AUGUCAGUUGCAACACUCAUAUUUAAACUCCCCCUUGAGAUUAGAAUACACAUCCUCAACUAUGCUACAAGGAGCUCCAAAUGGGCUCUUCACAUGUUCUUCCCUCCGGAGAAUGAUUUUAAAUACGUUGAGGGAUUUGCAAAUGCCUUGCCUAUCUUUUGUCGUUGGGUAGAAGAGGCGCAAACAUUAUUAUUACAACUAAGUCUUGCAGUGGACGGUGUAAAGGGUAUCUUGGAGUCUAAAAUCCCAGCUAAACAUAUUCGGCAUUUGAGGAUUCAGUGCAAUAGAACAGGCACACCAACCGAACUUGUACGCUUUAAGAACCUCGAAUCAUUAUCCAUUACCCCAGGCCAAUGCGAGACCGCAUUACAUACCAUGUUCCGGUAUCAGGCGACUUCGAUGGCACAAAGCCUAAGAAGACUUGACUUUGCAUGGAGUAAUAUCAGGUUCCUGAUGUCAUACCUCUACGUCUUUCCGAACCUUGUCGAAGUGCGCCUUGCGGUGUCCCAGCCAACAAUCAGGACAACAGAAAUUUUGGAUACAAAACACUUCAUAAUGGCAAGCCUACUAGAUUUCAAUAACCAGUCACACCCAAACAAGUGUACUAUGAGCCUAUGUGGGGCUGCAGAGCUGGACGAAUCUGCAAGGGUGAAGGAGCGGUACAUGACGAUGAAACUUGCACAGAACUUGCCAGCUCUGAAGUGCGUUCGGUGGUCGGUCGCGUUUCGAAGUAGUGCAUAUUUUGAUGAAGUGGGUCAGAGGGAGUAUGUGAUCUCUAGAUGGGAAGAUGGAACACUCUCUAUUGGUGGAGGGAAUAUAAUUGAAGAGUCAUAG